GGCACCCUUCGGCGAGCGCUGUUUGUUUAGGGCUCGGUGAGUCCAAUCAGGAGCGCAGGCUGCAGUUUUCCGGCAGAGCAGUAAGAGGCGCCUCCUCUCUCCUUUUUAUUCACCAGCCGCGCAGCGCAGACCCCGGACUCGCGCUCGCCCGCCGGCGCCCUCGGCCUCUCUCCGCGCUCAGGAGCACCCUCCGCCGUGGCUGUUCUCCAUGCGCAGCGCUCGUCCGAGGAGCUAGGAGUCAGCUGGGAGCGGCGCCGGACCGUGGAUGGCCUUGACUGACCGCGGCUGGAGCCUGCCAAAGCGCUUCGGGGCCGCGGCUGCGGACGCCGGCGACUCCGGGGCCUUUCCAGCACGGGAGUCCUCCACGCCGCCUUCCCCCAUCUCCUCCUCGUCCUCCUGCUGCUCCCGGGGCGGGGAGCGCGGCCCCGGCGGCGCCAGCAACUGCAGGACGCCGCAGCUCGACACGGAGGCGGCGGCAGGACCCCCAGCCCGAUCGCUGCUUCUCAGCCCCUACGCCUCGCAUCACUUCGGGGCUCCCCACGGACCUUCGGCGCCCGGGGUCGCUGGCCCCGGGAGCGCCCUGUCGAGCUGGGAGGACCUGCUGCUCUUCACUGACCUGGACCAGGCCGCGACCGCCAGCAAGCUGCUGUGGUCCAGCCGCGGCGCCAAGCUGAGCCCCUUCGCACCCGAGCAGCCCGAGGAGAUGUACCAGACCCUCGCCGCCCUCUCCAGCCAGGGCCCGGGCGCCUACGACGGCGCGCCCGGCGGCUUCGUGCACUCGGCAGCCGCGGCGGCCGCAGCCGCAGCCGCAGCCAGCUCCCCGGUCUAUGGGAGCCUGGCGGCCAUGGGCGGCCGCGAACACCAGUACAGUUCUCUGUCCGCGGCGCGGCCGCUGAACGGGACGUACCACCAUCACCACCACCACCAUCCGAGCCCCUACUCACCCUACGUGGGUCCGCCGCUGACGCCCGCCUGGCCCGCAGGACCCUUCGAGACUCCGGUGCUGCACAGCCGCGCCGGAGCCCCGCUGCCCAUGCCGCGGGGCCCCAGCGCAGACCUGCUGGAGGACCUGCCCGAGAGUCGGGAGUGCGUGAACUGCGGCUCCAUCCAGACGCCCCUGUGGCGGCGGGACGGCACCGGGCACUACCUGUGCAACGCCUGCGGCCUCUACAGCAAGAUGAACGGCCUCAGCCGGCCCCUCAUCAAGCAACCGAAACGCGCGCCUGCAUCACGGCGGCUUGGAUUGUCCUGUGCCAAUUGUCACACCACAACCACCACUUUGUGGCGCAGAAAUGCUGACGGUGAACCUGUGUGCAAUGCUUGUGGACUCUACAUGAAACUCCAUGGGGUGCCUCGGCCGCUUGCUAUGAAAAAAGAGGGAAUUCAAACCAGGAAACGAAAACCAAAGAACAUAAAUAAGUCAAAGGCUUGCUCUGGUAAUAGCAAUAAUUCAGUUCCUAUGACUCCAACUUCCACCUCCUCUAACUCAGACGACUGCAGCAAAAAUACUUCUCCUACAACACAACCAACCGCCUCAGGGGCAGGUGCCUCCUCAGUGAUGUCUGGCCCAGGAGAAAGCACGAAUUCUGAGAACAGCGAACUCAAAUACUCAGCUCAAGACGGGCUGUACAUAGGAGUCAGUCUGGCCUCCCCGGCGGAAGUGACGUCAUCUGUGAGACAGGAUUCAUGGUGCGCUCUGGCUCUGGCCUGAGCCUGCGGCCACAGGAAGCUGGGAGAGUCCACCACGGGCCUCACGUGACUUUUGUAUUAUUUUAUCAAGCAGUCCAAACAGUGGCAAGUACGCUGACAGAACAUUCCUCUGAUGCGUUAUUUCCGUGCCUUUAUUUUGAAAGAGAUGUAUUUCCAAAGAGGCUCGCUCCGCCUUACCAUCCGGUCCCUCAUGAGAGAACGUGGAGCUCUUCCGAGGAAAAGUCAG